AUUAGCAUUUCGACUUUUUUGCUUUCCUUCCACAACAAUGUGCGAACUUGAUUGGUGAUCGCGAACAAUUUCUCAUUUGAUGAUUUGAAAGGUAGAAGAUGUCUGCAUCAACAUCUAGAACACCUUCACAUUCUUCAAGCCAGCCAAUACGAAGAAGAUCAUCUGUUCGUUCUACAACUUCAUCUUCUUCUCGUUUUUCGGAAAUACAUCAACGUGAAUACGUAUAUGCUUUGGACGAUCAGAGUAUCUCGGAAUGGCUCAAAUGUCCUAUCUGCUUAAAUCCUUUCAUUGAGCCAAGUCUCAUACCCUCUUGCGAACAUGUCUUUUGCAAAGGUUGCAUCGAACAACAUGUUGAAACGAUCAGUCAAAGUAGAACAAACGAUAGUACAGAGGAUGAGAAUGUGGAACAAUCACAAUAUCAGAAACAAGCAAAAGGUCAUUGUCCAAGCUGUAGGACGCGAUUUGUAUCCUCCCAGCUCAGACCAGCAGCUGCGUUGAUUAGAAAUAUGGUGGAUUCCUUACUGGUUAAAUGUCCUAAUGAAUCAAGAGGUUGUGCACAUCUUGCCGAAAGGGGCUUGAUCGAAGGACACGUUCGGAAGGAUUGCGCAUUCGCUUAUAUUGAUGAAGCAGAGGUGGUAAACUCAGGUCAAGCGAUCAGCUCGAAUGGCCGAUGUGGAUGCGGAAAGAAGGUCAUGCGAAAAGAUUGGCAGGCCCACAUCACUUCAGGGGACUGCUCGAUAGAACGGAUAUCUUGUCCAUUUGCAAAUGUGGAAGAUGGAUGUGGCGUGAUGGUGAGAGAGUCUGACUUAGAACAUCACCUGAGCAGCUGUCCUGCGAAGAUUGAACAGUGCCAACAUUGCACACUCGAAUUACGACAAGAUGAAAUUGAUGAGCAUGAAGGACGAUGUGAAGAGGUUGUGGUUGGAUGUCCUCUUGCGCCUUAUUGUCAUUGGAGAGGACGACGUGGUGAUUUGGGUACGGAAGCAGAUGAAGAUCACCAAGCUACUAUGCACUUAGCAAACUGUAAAUUGGCACCUCUACGAUCAUUCUUGGACUCAAAUACAGCAACGUUGAAUGAUUUAGAGCAAGACAACAGAAGAUUGACCCAGCGAAUGACCACGAUGGAAGAGAAUCAAAAAGAUUUGGUUAAGCUACUCUCUCACUGUAUCGCUGCUAUCGGGCAAGAAUACACUCCGUAUCAAGAGACAGGAUCUCCCCAGACACCUCUACGCAAUGCUGAAACGAUCUCAUCCCCGCCGCAACAGAGCAGCGGUGCUGCUGUUCCUCCUCCGCUGGCACGGAGAGGUCGUGCUAGAUCUGCAACUGGACUCACUAGAUUAAAUCUUGAUGAAACAGAAGAUGGCGAAUCAGUUGGAGGACAGCUGGUGCUUGCGCCGUAUGCCAGUGCACCAAUAGCAGACAGCGCAGAAGAGGAACCCUGGCAUUGGCCUGAAGAUCUGCGAACUAAUAAUCAAUCAGACGAAGGGACUGUAUUUGACCAAGUAUCAACGCAUUUGAACAGGUUGAGUCUAUCAAACGGCAGCAAUACUUCUCCCUCAAGCAUUGCUGGCUCUUUACGAUCGAUCAAUGUAAACCUUUCAACAUUAUCCGAACGUAUAACAAAAGUCGAAAGAAGGUUAGAUGAUGCUCAUGUCGUUUCAAUGAAUGCUGGCUUCGAAGCGGGUAGAGCACACGAUGAGCUUAAUAGCGUUCGACAUGGAAUGCAUUCUAUUCGAUUACAAAUGCAUUCUCUUUUGAUGCAGCAACAAAUGGAACGUUCUCUUCCGCAUCCUGCCGGACCUCAAGGACCUCCGACUGGACCACAUGGCUUGUAUGCCGCUGCUGCUGUGGCCGCUCAACAACAACAGCAGCAUCCCGAUGCAUCACCUCACCCUGUACAAGCGGGAAAUACACACACUUUUCAUAAUGGUCAACCUCCUCCAGCAGGUAUGAUGGGUUUACGUAGAUUUUGGACCGGUUUUGAGCAAACUAGGCUGUAAAUUAAUUGUCACAAUAUCAACCUAUGUAUGUAUGUAUAGUAUAAUAAUUAUUGCGAUAGAUAACAUUCUGUU